GGGAAGGGGAGGGGACCGAGGGACUGGAGGAGUGGAGGUCCUGGGAACCUGGAGAGGGAGACGCCACCAGCACCGCUGCAGAGCAGCGGGCGAGCCCUGGAGGUUGCCCCUCGGACCCGGGCCCAGUCAUCCUACGCCUUCUUUCUUCACCCCUCGGUCCCUAGAAACAUGGGUAGCUUGAGGCAGCGCUUCCAGAGGUUCCUGGAGCAGAAAAACAUUAUCACUGAUGUCCUGGGGAAGCUGGAGGAGAUCACCGGUAUCAAAAAGUACUAUCUGGCUACAGGUUCCAUUGCCUUCCUGGCCCUCUAUCUCAUAUUUGGAUAUGGUGCAUCCCUGCUCUGCAAUCUCAUCGGAUUCAUCUAUCCAGCAUAUGCUUCCAUCAAGGCCAUUGAAAGCACCAACAAAGAAGAUGAUACCAUCUGGCUAACCUACUGGGUGGUAUACAGCAUAUUUGGCCUGGCUGAGUUUUUCUCUGACCUCUUCCUUUUCUGGUUCCCCUUCUACUAUGCAGGGAAGUGUGCCUUCUUGCUAUGGUGCAUGCUUCCAGCAGGCUAUAAUGGCUCCCAGAUCCUGUAUCAUCGCCUGAUACGGCCCAUCUUCCUGAGGCACCAGGCUUCCAUGGACAGCCUGGUGACUGACCUGAGCGAACGCGCCCUGGACGCAGCGGCCAGUUUGACCCGGGAAGUCCUCCAGGUCUUGGCUCACAGCCGAAUGGUGCUGACCUCCCAGGUGGUUCCUCAGCUCCCUCCAGAGUCUCCCAACCAAGGCAGGCAUGAUUCACCCCCAGAAGAAUAAGUGAAGAGAUCACUCCUGAGCCAGAGGCUUCGAAUGACUGGACACCUUCCUCCCAGCCCCCUCAGCAUCAAGGGAUCCUGGCCCAUGUCUAAGCAGCUGACCCCUCCCAGUUGUAUGUCUCUAACCAACUCUACCCUCUUGGGCUUUAGGACAUUAGAGAAGUCUCCCCAGGCUGGGAGGGGUGGUGGGCCUGGUGGGGGACCUCUGUCCAUUUAGGUUCUACCAGCACCUGGCCCUGCUGGUACUCAGACUGUUCUAGUAUACCAUUAACCUUCUGCCUCUUGUCCCCUGUACCACCACUGGCCUCCCAUAGGAUUCUUGAUGUGUCCUGGCUAUUCCAGCUGCCCAUAGAAAAAAAAAAGUCCUUCACAGGCCCAAUUUGCUUGACCUUAA